AUGGCCUUCUCGGUCAAAGGAGACCAGCACUUUGUCGAGAAUACAUUUGUCAUUGAAUUUCGUCAUCCUCCUCAGAGUUUCGCCACCAAAGAACGCAUGCUUCAACGUCGCCACAGCAUCUUGCAUCGUCAUCUGCAGUCCAAUAACAUCAGCUAUAGAAUACGUCACGAAUAUGAGUUCAUGAAUGCCGUUUCCAUUACCUUUGACACCUCCAGUGACGCCGAACACUUUUUUGAACAAGCCAAAGAUAUCAAACAGAUAUGGCCCGUGAACACGGUUGCUAAACCGUCCGUUGUCUCCAGCCCCGUGGUUCAAGAUGGCAUUGUUCCCACUCUAUUUGAACUCUAUAAUACAACGGGCAUUCAUCGCGUGCACAAUGAAUUGGGGUUGACUGGCACGGGAAUCAAAGUCGGUGUCAUUGAUACAGGUGUCGACUACAUGCAUCCAGCUCUCGGAGGUUGUUUUGGUCCCAACUGUCGAAUCGCUUACGGUUACGAUUUUGUCGGUGAUGAUUAUACUGGUGAUAAUCAACCAAAUCCAGAUAAUGAUCCACGCGAUACUUGCAAUGGUCACGGUACUCAUGUCACUGGCAUCAUUGCCGCAAAUGAUCUCGAUAAAAAUUUCACAGGCAUUGCUCCCAAUGUGACCAUUGGAGCUUAUCGCGUGUUUGGGUGUGCUGGCAGCAGUGCAGAUGAUGUCAUUAUGAAGGCUAUGGAACAGGCAUACCUUGAUGGUAUGGAUGUCAUUAAUUUAUCACUCGGUGAUAUUGGAUGGCCGGAAUCGCCGGCUUCCGUGCUGGCGGAUCGUUUAGCGCUUCAGGGCAUGGCUGUGUGUGCUGCGGCCGGCAAUGAAGGUGAAAAAGGCGUCUUUGAAGUGGGUGCUCCUUCCUUAGGCCGGCAUGCCAUUUCCGUGGCCAGUAUCGACAAUGCACGCGUGCUCGCCCACGCUUUCCAAGUCGACCAACUCAAAAUCGGCUAUACCACGGCGACCGGAACACCGUUCAACUUGUCGUCUGUGGAAAUCGUGCCUCUAUCGAGCACGUUCUUGGCAAGCCAUGAUGCGUGUACUCCAAUCAGCCAGGAUAUCAACUUGGUCGACAAGGUGGUCUUGAUCAAUCGUGGCGACUGUUUAUUCACCGAAAAGAUUUUGAAUGCACAAAGGGCCGGAGCGGCGGGAGUCAUCAUUUACAACAACAAGCCGGGUGUCUUGACACCUUCUGUUACCGAUGCAUCCAUCAAGAUUGUAUAUGGCGGCAUUAGCUUGGAAGACGGUGAAAAGUUGUUCCAGCUUUUAACCAAUGGUACUGAUCUUCAAGCCGAGUUCUUUGAAGAAGACAUUAGUUUUUCGGUGCCCACGGCAGGUACCAUCAGUCCAUUCAGUUCAUGGGGUCUAGGACCAGAUCUUAGUAUCAAGCCUGACGUAAGUGCACCAGGCGGCCAGAUAUAUUCGACAUAUCCUUUGGACUUGGGCGAAUAUGCGACACUAAGUGGAACGAGUAUGGCCAGUCCUCAUGUGGCAGGAAUUGUAGCCCUUUUACAACAAGCGAGAGGAGGCGGUCGAAGCAUUCCCGUCAAUGUACUGCGGACCAUGCUUAUCAAUAAUGCACAUCCAUUCAAAGUAUUCAACGACACCAUUUAUGAUUCGGUGGCACGGCAAGGCGGUGGAUUGAUUGAUGUUUAUCAAGCGCUUCGAUCCACGACGGCGCUUCAUCCUGAGCAAAUUCGAUUGAACGACCAAGCACAUGCUGCCCCGGGCAACAAAUACACAUUCACCAUCAAAAACAAUGGUCGCAUGUCUGCCAAGUACCAUAUCAAACAUAUGUCUUCCGGAACCGCUCAAGGAUUUGGAAACAAUACAAUUGCGAACCGCAUCUAUCCGUUAGCUAGUCCAAUCUUGUUGCCGGCCGACGCCUCGUUGCAAGCAACCGUGCAGAUCCCGCAUCCGGUGGUAACAGUUGAAGCGAACGAGCAAGCCAAUGUGUCGGUACAUAUCAAUCCACCGGCAGCCGCCGAUGCGAUUCCACCUUCUAUUUAUUCCGGGUACCUUGUGAUUGAAAAGAAUGGAGGGUCCGAGGAAGUACUGUAUCUUCCGUAUGCGGGAUUCACCAGUAGUCUAUCGACCUUACCUGUGCUCAAUAUUAACGAAACCAUGCCAUCCGUCAUCUCUACCCACGCCACGAGUAUAUCGCCGGCCAUUAUUCGGUUACAACUGGCAGAACCGUCUGCUUUGCUCUACAUUAUUGCUGUGGAUGCCAAGAACGCGUCAGAGUCGUACGGUCUUGUGCCAGGAGGCUAUGUGACCUAUGUUGGACGCAAUGUCCUCGAAGAUCCUGACGAUCUGUUUAUGAUGCCCUGGUACGGUAAUAUUGCUGACACCCCCGAUCAAGCGAUGCAUAAAGCUCAGCGGAUCGUGCCAAAGCUCGAUGCGGCUUCCAUUGCUCGAAAGAAAGCAUCCCCACUCGUCGGUACCCAGCUGGCGCCAGGAGCCUACCGUCUAAAAAUUCAUGCUCUUCGACCCUUUGGCAAUAUUCUAAAUCCGGAUGAUUUUGACACCUGGUUAUCGCCAGUGAUCAAGGUUAAAUCAUGA